AUGAAAGAAAAACACAAUAAAUCCCGAUCUCGUUCCCGUUCUCAUUCCAAUGAUAUAAAGCAGGCUGAAGAGUUAUCAUUAACUUACAAAAUUCGAUAAAAAAUAAUUUAAAAAGAACUCGGUUAUACUAACGAAGAAAAUCCUUUUGGUGACCGAAACAUUAAUGAGACAAUCCUUUGGGGAAAAUCUAAAUAAAAAACUUAAAACCUUAAAACCGAAUCUGAAAUAUUUUAAGACAUCCAAAAAGUUAAACAAAACCGUCUCUAAAGGUAAUAAGAUAAAUAAAGAUUAGAAGAAGAACGCUAAAACUAAAUAAAAGAACGUGAAUAUGAAACAUAUAUGCAAUGGAAGCAAAAAGAGGAAUCUUUUCAUAAAUUUCAAUCCAAAAUAAGGGCUUUAGUAAGAAUAACAUAAGGCAAGGAAGAAUUCGUUGAUAAAAUAUCUAAAAUAUAUUACAUAUAUAAAUAAAAAAUAGCUUUUAAUCCACAUUUAGAACCCUUAAUGAUGGAUCUUAUAUCUCAAAUAAAAAUCUAAGAGACUACUAUUUUACAGAAGCUUCAUGAAUUAUCCAAAAACUGUUAGCUUGAGGAAGAUUUUCCAGCCGAAAACGAACUAGAAAAUUUAAAUUAAUUCUGGGUUAAUAUGUAGCAUGUAACUUAUUUUUUUUUGGAAGAAAAACAUAAACAAUUCGAAGAAUUCUAAAACGAAAUUUAAUCCAUUUUUAUAAAUAAAAAACUCCCAGAACUUUCUGAAUUAGAAAAAACUAUUAACUCUACACUAAAAAAUCCUUCUCUAGAUAAAACAGAUUAACUUUAUUGGUAAAAUGUUUAAGAUAGACUCCUUUUAUAUAAAGCCUCUUUAAUAUUUUAAGCCUUAUAUAAUUAAUUUUUUUCAUAAACAACUUCUUUCUCACCUGAAUAAUCCCAUAGUGACUCUAAAAAUGCAUUUAAGGAACUUAAACCAUAAGAAAAUGAAGUAGUAAUAUUACCCGAACACGCUUGUUCUCCAAUUCUAAUUCCUUUUGGUGAUUAAAGGGAAAAAUUAGCUAUUUAAAUCGAAAAAAUAGAAGAUAUUCGUGAAAUAUUUUUCAAUAAAAUUUAUAAGAAAGCCCUAAAUGCCCUCGAAAGUAAAAAAGUAAAAAACUCUCAUUUUGUAAUUGAAAAAUAAACUGAAAAAGAAGAAGUGGACCAAGUUACAUAAAAACUAUUAGAAAUUGAAAAAAAAAAACCAAUGGAAGAAGGAGAAGAAGCUUUUGAUGAAUAAUUUUAAGUUUAAAAUAAUUAUGAUUGGCAAGAUUAAUGUAAAUCAAAAAAACCAAAAUUUUUUAAUAGAGUUAAAUGGGGAUUCGAUUGGAACAAAUAUAAUUAAAUGCAUUUUGAUACAGAUAAUACACCUCCUAAAUAUAUUUAAGGGUAUAAAUUUAAUAUUUUUUAUCCAGAACUUAUAGAAAAAGAUAAAACGCCAGAAUAUUCUCUAGAAGUAGCAGAAGAUCCUGCUUAUUGUAUUAUUAAAUUUACUGCAGGACCACCUUAUGAAGAUAUUGCAUUUAAAAUAGUAAAUAGAGAGUGGGAUUAUUCAGAUAAAAAAGGAUUUAAAUGUUUUUUCGCUAGGGAAGCUUUAACAUUGCAUUUUAAUUUUAAAAGAAAUAAAUAUAGAAGGUGA